CUCCCCUCCGACGGGGCGGAGACCGGCAGCCGGGCAGCCCCUUCCCAGCACCGUCGGCUGGAAGAUGGCGCAGCUGUCCGGGCUGCUCCUGGUCGAGCUGGCCCUGAACGCCGCCGCCUUCCUGUGCGGGGUCAUUUGCUCCUCCGCCCUCACCGUUACCCAGGUAAGGUCCCGAGAGAGAGAGGGCGAUCCCGGACCCGCAAAGUCUCCCUUUCCCAUCCCAUCCCGGGCAAAAAAGUUCUGCGCUUUUGCGCUCGUCCCGUUAAAGAGCCACCGCUUAGUGGCGCGAGAGUGCUUCUGAGCACGUGAAGAGGGCGCCGGGCUUUCGCUUGAGUGCAGAGGGGGGAGUGGCUGUGCACGACCAGAGCUGCGCCGUUGGGCCUGCCAAUGUGCGGAGUGUCCAGCAUUUUUGCUUGUAACGUAUCAAUAAGAAAGGGCACCUCUGAUUGCAUGCAGAGAGCAAUUUAUGUUCCACAUGGUGGCUUAGAAUUCAUCUCUUCCCUGUUGGCUUUUGAGCGCCAGAACGUCUUUAGAAAAACAGUGUGCUUUUAUAACCGCAGAACACCCAACUUUUGUAUGUAUGGGAUGAGAGGUCCAGGGGCUUCCAAGUCAGAGGGUGUCACAUGCGCCUGGUUAAAAAAAAUUUAAAAUGCAAUCCCCAACCCAUCUAUUACUGCCUUUCUGAGUUUGCAUUUAGACUUCCCUGAGCUACCUUGGGUGGUGGAGAGUUUCAGCAGAGCUGGAAAGUUUUUUUAAAACAACAACAAUUUGUGCACUCUGUCAAGUCUCUAGUCCUCAUGAGCCUGCCUAUUCAUUCCACCACCCGGCCCUGCUGUAAUAAGAGGCAGCUACACACAAAACAGUUACGCCAACUUGAAACCGGUUUUGCCUAAGUGGCAUCAUUCCUCACGAGGACCUUUGGAAGUCUGCUGUUUUGCUGGAAAGGCUGCGAAGGCUUCUGAAAAAAAUGGUUCCAAAGGUUUUCCGUUGGGAAAUGGGGAAAUCUGAGCUCACAGCUACUGACCCAACCUCAGAUUGUUGCAAAAGAUUUAUAAUAAUGCACCAAACUUGCAUAUUUUUAAAAAGCAGGCAGUGUGGUGUCGUGUCAUAUGAGCAUCAGCCGUGCACAUUAAUGCUCGUCAGCUGAGUGAGAGUUUGGCUGACUUCCUGCACAAAUCCUUUUGCUGCCGGGAGCACUUUCUCCCGACAGCCUUCCUGGCCUGUGUCACAUGUGCUUGGCACUCACCUUACUGGCCUGUACGGAUGAACACUCCCUUGUUUUGGGAUGGCCUAUAGUUGCACUGGGGACACGGGUGGCGCUGUGGGUUAAACCACAGAACCUAGGACUUGCCAAUCAGAAGGUCGGCAGUUCGAAUCCCCGCGACGGGGUGAGUUCCCGUUGCUCGGUCCCUGCUCCUGCCAACCUAGCAGUUCGAAAGCACGGCAAAGUGCAAGUAGAUAAAUAGGUACCGCUCCGGCGGGAAGGUAAACAGCGUUUCCGUGCGCUGCUCUGGUUCACCAGAAGCGGCUUAGUUAUGCUGGACAUUGGAUCCCUCGGCCAAUGAAGCGAGAUGAGCGCCGCAACCCCAGAGUCGGCCACGACUGGACCUAAUGGUCAGGGGUCCCUUUACCUUUAUAGUUGCACUGGCUCUUUUCCUGGGCACAAUGGUUUGCAGAAAAGAAGAGGCAACAUUCUCAGCUUUGGGUUUAGAAGUCUAAGAGUAAAUUGCCUGGGAACAGAUGAAAGAGCUCAGGCAAUCAGGAAGGGGGUUGGAGCAGAUGCAGUUGUUGUUGUUUAUUUUUUUGCUCAGAGCAGUUUUAAAAAUACCAAAAUUAUCAUCAAGAAUAACCUCUAACAUAAAAACCCUGCAACACACUUUUUUCCUUCUCAUGUUCAAUUAUACUGCCAUAAAGCCUGCAUUGAUUAAAUGAUGCUUUGUUUAUUGUGGGGAGAGGAGGUUUUUAUUUCUUUUUGAAUAAAUAGGCUUGAACAUUUGGUCAAAAAGAAAAAAGGUUUGUUCAUGUGAUCCCUGACUAUUUUAUUUUUUUCAUAAAAUUUAGAUACCACCUGAUGUAGGGGGAAAACCUCAAAGUGAUUUGCAAAAAGAUAAAACAAUAAAGUGAUCAUUAAAAAAAUUUACAACCACAAUUUAAAACAUAACAGAAAGCUAAGACCACAAUAGAAUAAACUAAAACAAAUUAAAACUUGUGGAAUUCUCUCCCCAGGGAAGUUCAUCUGGUGCCUUAAAUAUGUCUGUGGUAGUGGGGGUUAUUGUUUUGUUUUUCUUACUGUUUUUAUUAUGUGCUUUGUUAUUCUGUAUUUUUAUGUUGUGAACCACCCUGAGUUCUUAAUUCAAUAAAUUAUAAAUAAAAUAAAUAAAAAUUUUCUAAACACCUGGGUGGGCUUGUCUAAAUAAGAAUGCCUUCAGCAGGCACCAGAAAAAAUACAGUGAAGGUUCCUGCCUGAUAUCAAUAGGCAGGGAGUUCCAAAGUGUUGGUGCUGCCACACUAAUAUUAGUCAACAGUUGUGAAGUAAUUUUUUAAAACGUGUCCUUUAUUAGAACAACCACAAAAGUUGUUUAUUGCAUUAAUAUGUCGUGUUACAGUAUUUCAAAGGUCUCAAGGGGUUCCCCCUCCUUUAAUCCUCGCCACAAACCUGUGAGGUAGGUUAGGUGGAGAGAGAGAGAAUGAGAGAGAGAAAGACUGUUCUGAAUUGUUCUGGGGAGCUUCAUGAUCUCAGCCUGGGUUUUUGCUGCUCCUUGUAACCGUUAAACCACACUUGCUUCCUUUCAUCAUCAACAGCUUCAACACAGAUUACGCAAGCAACACCAUUAUUAGUUCCUAGGGGUAUGAAAUUACAGUGGUACCUCGGGUUACAUACGCUUCAGGUUACACACUCCGCUAACCCAGAAAUAGUACCUUGGGUUAAGAACUUUGCUGCAGGAUGAGAACAGAAAUCGUGCUCCAGUGGCACGGCGGCAGCGGGAGGCCCCAUUAGCUAAAGUGGUCUUCAGGUUAAGAACAGUUUCAGGUUAAGAACGGACCUCCGGAACGAAUUAAGUACUUAACCCGAGGUACCACUGUAACUUUUCAAAAAAACCACAUGGACGCUAAACAUUAUAUUUUCAAAAUGUGAAGCAGAGUACUCUCUGGUUCUUGUAGCAAGGAGUUCCAUAGGGCCCUGAGGCACUUUCAGCCUUUAAGGCCACUAGCUGUAAUAAAAAUAAGGCUUUCAAUAACCCAAACACAAAAUAAAGCACCGAAAAGAGAUUGAGACAUAACAGGAUUAUUAUUUUUUUAAAUGAAAUACAGUAAAUGCUUUUCUGCCUGAGAGAGUAUGUCACAUUUGGAUCCGUUAUACAUAAAAACAAAAUUAAAAAGUGUCAAAAUUUUACGCCCCCUGUUGAGCCCAUUGCCAUGGGCCAAAUGGCCUUUCUGACAGGCUGAGCUAGGAAGCAAGCAACGCUCUCACCCGCCUUUUCUAGCAUAGUACAGGCAACCCCACCCCCCAUUUAUGUGUGUUCAAGGCAUGCAUUACCCAAACUGUGUGCAUUCCUGUGAACCUGGAAGUGGCACGAAAAGGGGCAAAAACAGCGUGAAAAUGGCAAAAAUUGUGCAAAAACAGCAUCUAGCAACCCCAUGAACCUUUGCACCAACAUUUGAGGCCUGUGGAUAGUUGGAGUGUGGAGGAAGGAGGUUUGUGGGGAGCGAUUGUGGUGGAGUUUGCUGGAUUUGGGUUUUUUUAAAAAAGGAUUUUUUAAAGGUUUCCAGAGGGUGUUUACAGGCUUUUUCAAUGGUGUUCCCAGUGCGAUUUCACUUAAAUGUGUGGUACCUCCGAACGUAACCCCCACAUAAAUGGGGAGUUGCCUUUAAUCGUUUUUCUUGGAAGUAUGUGGCUUUCUGCAAUUUCUGAGAGAACAAGCCCAAGGAACUUGCCAUCCACAUUAAGGAAGCGACAGAAGAAGUGGUCACUGUGGGUUUAUUUCUCUUCUGCCUGCAUAUGCUACAGGCAUCGGGCCCCAGGAAAUAAAUAAGUAAAUAGAUUCAAACCUGGAAAUGGCGGGAAAGAGCUGGAGAGUCUUCAUGGCAUCAGAAGAGGAUUACCGUAUGUGAAUCCAGAGGGACAGGAGGUGCAGUGGGGCUUUUUAGGCUUCUCAGCGCCCCCCAACAGUGUACGCAUGGGGUUGCACAGCUACAGCCACCACUUUUCCACGAUUUCUAGAGCUUCCCGCUGGCUCCAGAACUUCCAUUCUAGCUGUGGAUAUUUUUGGAUACAGUAUUUUUGGUCUGGAUUGCAGGGAGUGCAGCAGAGAGGGCAUUUAAAGGGUGUUUAGAGGGUGCUCCCCACUUUUCACUUAUGUGGGGGGGGCAGGACGUAACCAACCAACCCCACAUAAGGGGCGGCGGCGAUGCCUGUACUGUCUAGGGCAGGGGUCUGCAACCUUUAAGACAAAAAGAGCCACUUGGACCCAUUUCCGAAGAAAAAAAAAACUGGGAGCCGCAAAACUCGUCAUUAUAAAAAUAACUUUUUUGUCACUUUUUUAUUAUUUUUUUGUUUGACCCCUCAGAAUUACUCCUCCUCAUAGAAAUAAACAUUAAAUUAACAAGUUACCUUUUUGUGUGUGUGUGUGUUCUUCACUCCCCUUCAAAACAGUGACCAGCGUACAUGCCCCCUUUCAAUGCGGUGAUCAGCGUACAUGCCCCUUACAAUGUAGCGGGCGGGCGGGAAGGUGACGUCGGGACGGUGCGUGACUAACGCACGCACCGCCCCCAUGCGACGUCACAGCCAGUACAGCGCCCGCCACAGUGGGGAGUGUCGGGGCGCACAAUGCGCCUCCUCCCCUUGCUAGUAUCCGCCCCGGAGCCGCGGCAAAGGUGUAAAAGAGCCACAUGCGGCUCCGGAGCCGCGGGUUGCCGACCCCUGGUCUAGGGCAAGAUUGGGGAGCCCUUUCAGCCCAAGGGGCACAUCCCUUCAGUGGUGGGCGGGGCUGAAAGUAAAAGUGGGCGGGGCUGUGGCUAUAAAUUUUGCCUUUGUGCAAUAGGCUGAGGACCCAAAUAGCUAAAAUAGUACCAUCCCCGUUGUCAGUCAUCUCAGACCGUACAGUGGGCAGGAAAAGGGGUAUUGUCGGUGUCGCCUAUGGGGGCCGCUUGGUUGACAUGGAUCCGUGACAGGGCCUUUUCAGUGGUAGCUCCCUUGGUGUUGACUUUUAGGAGGAAUCCCCAUCCUUUCUCACUUUAUCCCUCUCUUCCUUCCUUCCAGGGGGAGUUCGGGGGCCAGUGCAUCCUCUAUGGGUCUGUGCGCUACAACGGGACUCUGAGCUUAAGCACUUCCAGCCACGUCUCGCUUUGCUACUUCGUCUCGGCCGUCUCCCUCCUGGCCGCCAUUUCCUCCUUCGUGGCUCUUCUCCGCAGCGUCUACAUUUCCUGCUUCGGUGACAGCGAGAGACGGUCGUGAGUCGCGAAGGCGGGGAGCGAAACGGGGAGGUCUCCAGUUGGGUUGGGUUUGGCUUAUUCUUGACAGUCCCUGUCCUCUGUCUCUCCCCACAGGGGUGACGUGUGGGUCAAGGCGUUCUUGGUUAUCUCAGCUGUGGUCCUCUUCUUCUUGCUCAUCUCGGCCUGCAUCCUUCGGGUCGGCAUGGAUGCUCUCUGUGGGUCCAUUCAUACUUCUGCGGCUGCACCGAGGUAAGUGCCAGAAAAGAUGCUCAGUCCUCGCUUGGAUUGGUUGGUUGGUUGCCUUUAUAGCUCACCUUUUCCUCAGAGAAGCUCAAAAUGGUGGGCCUGGUUCAUCCCGCUCCUUGUUUAAUCCUGCCAGCCUGUGAGGUAGAUCAGGCUGAGAGCAGUGAGUGAUCCUUUGGUGGGAAGCCAUGACAGUUUUAAGUGGCAUCAUAGCACAUUAAAUGUAUCGUAUUAAUGUGUCCAUGUAUUGAUGGCUCGAUAUAUUUGUUUCUCUCAGAAGUCUUCCCCCUCUCUCUUUUUCCCCCUCUUGGCUUUGGACUCAACAACUGGAAGUCUUUGGUUAAUUCUCUCUUGGUUAGUUCUUUAAUGAAACAUUUAUUUAAUUGGAAAGCAGCUGAGAUUUCACAAGGCCUUUUUGCCUUGAUAGCUUAAGUUAUACAAGCUCUAAUUUUCAUCAGCUGAUAGUCUAGCUCAGAAGCUUUGGGGUAAAUUAUAUCAGAGUACCACGUGUCUGCCUGCUAGCAAGUGGUUUAUGGAGGCACCCUCCAAGAUAAACGUAGGUCUGGAUGUGGCUUGUUUGCUAUACCUCUAAAAUCCUGUCCUCAGGGAAUACAGGAUGCUGGGUGGGGGGUAAUUUGCAUGACAGGCUGUAGCUCAGUGGUAGAACAUCUGCUUUGAAUGCAGAAGGUGCCACAUUCAAUCCCUGGGGUCACCCGGUAGGAGCAGGAGAGAUUCCAGUCUGAAACUCUGGAGAGCCUCUGCCGAUCUGUGUAGACAAUACUGAGCUAGAGGGACCAAGUUCAGAAAACAGGUUCCUGUUUAAAUGUGUAACACGCACACAUAUGAGAUAUUAUUUACUGCCUUAAGGGUAAAGGGACCCCUGACCAUUAGGUCCAGUCAUGACCGACUCUGGGGUUGCGGCGCUCAUCUCGCUUUAUUGGCCGAGGGAGCCGGCGUAUAGCUUCUGGGUCAUGUGGCCAGCAUGACUAAGCCGCUUCUGGCGAAGCAGAGCAGCACACAGAAACGCCAUUUACCUUCCCGCCGGAGCGGUACCUAUUUAUCUACUUGCACUUUGACGUGCUUUCGAACUGCUAGGUUGGCAGGAGCAGGGACCGAGCAACGGGAGCUUACCCCGUUGCGGGGAUUCGAACCACCAACCUUCUGAUCGGCAAGUCCUAGGCUCUGUGGUUUAACCCACAGCACCACCCGCGUCCCUUAGUAUUAUAUAAAUAAUGUGUGUGUCUAUGAGAUCGUUUGCUGUAUAUUACUAUUAUAUGAAUAUAGUAUAGUAGUAGAUACAGGGAGUUUGCAUCAUAUUUCUAUGCUUUUAGAUAGGUGUUCCCAUUGUUAUUCUAGAUUAUAUGGAUAAAUAUGCAUAGGUAAGUAAUGCAUUGUAUUCAUGUUAUUAUAGAAUACUUCAGAUAUAAAAAUUAUAUAUACAUAUAUGGCACACACAAAAAUAGAACCUUGUUCUAUUUUGUGGGGAACCCAUGUUGAAUCCCUGGCAACAUCUCCAGGUAAGACUGGCAAUGACCCCUGCCUGGAACCCUGGAGGGCUGCUGCCAGACAGUGUAGACCACACUGAGGUAGAUGGACCAUUAAUCUGACUGGGUCCUCAACAGUUUCCUGGGCACCUGUUUUUUACUUGAGUGACACCUUUCGACUACAGUGAGUUAACUGCCCUGGCUUGUCUCUCCUCGCUUCCCGCCUUGCAGUUGUCAAGAAGCUCAGCACCGCCCUUGGGUCCAGCCCUAUCGUGCCGCAAGGUUCUAUGACAACCUCUACACUGCAGAGGUGAGUGGUCCUUAAAUGGCAGACUAUUGAAUCAAAGCUGUUUGUCGCUGUUCCUCAACUUCUCCUCAGCAAAGGGGUCUUAUCUCAGUCACACCCCCAGGUAAAAAUGUUCACCACGUACAGAAAUCUAGUCUUAACUGCACUUAAUAUUUGUCCAUGUUCUGGCAGCGUAAUCCAAAUUCUUGCACAUGUGUUUACUUUAUGCACCAUUGUAGAUGCCACUCAAUACCCAUCCUGCAUCUUAUCUUUUAGUGUGGUGGCACCUACACUUUGGAACUCCUUGCCACUUGACAGCAGGCAGUCGCCUUCACUGUAUCCCUUUCGGCACCGCUAAAAACAUUUUGGUUUAGACAAGCCAACCCAAAGAUCUAGAAUGCUGGUGCGUGUCUUAUUCUGUUUUUAGCUUAUUAAUGUUUUUAACCAUUUUUACUGAUAGUUUUUUCCUACAGUGGUGAACUAGAAGAAAUUAAAAAUUUACAGCUGCCUUUCCCAACCUGGUGCCCUCCCAACGUUUUGGAAUGCAACUCCUGUCUAUACAGCCCAUGGCUCAACACAGCCGUCGAAAUCCAAAACAUCUAGAGGGCACCCUAUUGCACGAAACGGGUUUUCAUUCUGACUUUGCCCCUUCUUCUCCUUUCCCGACUUCAGGCGGCUGCCUGGGUGAACUUCUUCUUCUGGUGUUUGACGGCGUUGCUGCUGUACUUGGAGAGCGUCGGCAAAUUCCCAUUCCAGCCCCCUCAGAGCAGCGGCCUCACGUGGACCGACGAUGAGACAGCGCCUAUCAUUGGGGAUGGACCACGUGGGCCUUCAUGAAGUGGGGGUAUCGCCACCAUUAUCAUCUCUGCUGCUCUUUAGGGAGCAGCUCCGGGGCACCCCACUUUUGCCUUCUCUUUCCCAUGAGCUUCAUAGACCGGGGGGUCUCUCUCCCUUAUUGUGCCCGGACAGCAAACCUUUCUGAAGAACCACCUGUUAACUUCUAAUGGACUCCUUCAUGUUACAUGGCUGCUCGACUAGAAAUUGCAGAAUUGCGAGAACCUGGAAGGUGGCCAGCAGCUUAACUUUUUGAGCAAUGGCUCUGCAGACGUUUGCAUUUCCAAGGUGGAAAAAUUGACAUUUGAGAUAGAAUUGGCCAAAAGAAAGGAAAGGUCUUUUGACUUCCUUGCUACCUGGAGUCGACUUGUGGAGUACGUUCAGGAAUGUCCCCAAGAUCCUCACCUUUCGUCUGCCUUCCUGAAGCUGCAGAACACUAUCUGAAGUGACUUCUGUAGUCAUUUGGACUCAGUAAUUUCUCCUACUUGGGAUAACCUCAAAAGCUUUCCAACGGCUUGUUCUUCUGCGGUGCGGUGAGGGAGAACCUGCCUGUUUCUAUUGUUUUCUCACAAAAAAACCAAUAAAAUAUAUUUUUAAAAGAC